AUGACAGUAAAGAAUGUGACAUUCUUGUGAAAAUAGACAAUUCCCUGGUAGUGUAAAAACAUCUGAUCUCUGUCAAGUGUAACAUUAAUUAAGUUAAACUAUUCAAAAGAGAAUUACAUGAUAAUACGAUGUUUUUGAAUAUAAUUUUCAUGAUUCGUGACGUUUGCAUAUAUGUAGCUAUUAAAAAGAGCGAACGUGCUGCUAACCAUAGCAACAAAAAUCAUUUCAUAUAGCAAAUGUCAUUUUAAGUAGUUUACAUCUUCUCCUUGUUUUUUGUGAGUUGGCACAUCAUCGUUUAGUGUCUACGAAUAAUUGAAACGCUCUCUUAAUGUGGAAAGGAGAAGAACUUGUGGCUAAACAAAGGACGUGCCUAUAUAGGAGUGGUUUGAGGUUUGGAGAAGAUUGCCAGAACGCAGAAAGAAAAGGACAGUUUAAAUACUGAGGGAGAAAGAGUGUCUGUGUGUGUCUCGAAAGCUUUUAUCUUUAUUAUGCGUUAUUGAGUGGAUUUGUCAAGAAAACCAGAAAUGGCUGCCAACGAGCAUCAGCAAAAGGAACAACAGGAGUCACGAGAACCUGCUCAUCAUGCAAGAAGACCGAUGAAUGCAUUUCUAAUUUUUUGUAAACGACAUCGCGGCUCGGUUCGUACAGGUUUUCCGCAUUUGGAAAAUCGAGCUGUGACUCGAGUACUCGGCGAAUGGUGGGCCACACUUAAUCCUGAUCAGAAACGUUCCUAUACAAAUUUGGCUCAAGAGUAUAAAGAUGCUUUUCUAAAUGCAAAUCCGGACUUCAAGUGGUAUAAACUGCCAGCACCACCGCUUCGGACAUUAUCAACGAGACCAACGAAUAAAAAAUCAGAAGCAGGAUCUAGUGACAGUGGUCACGAUGAGAUGAAGGGGGAAAAUUCUUCAUUGGAUUUUCCACAUACCGAAAGAACAGAAGGCGAUGCCAUUCAACCGGGCAAAUUAGCUGAUGAAUCGCAAAUCGGUGGUCUUAGCUCAUUAUUUACACCGCAAAAAGUUCAAUCAAUUGAUAAUGAUGAAAUAGCAAAUCUCACAACACCGAAAGUAGAAACAGAUAAUAAUUCCACUCCAAAACCGCCAAAAAAACGUUACACCGAGUUACCUCUUUCAGUGGAACAAAAGGAGGAUUGUAAAGCCGAUUUAUUUGGCGAUAAGAACAAAACUAGAAAAGAAUCAAAUAAUAAUCAUCACAUGGAAAUGGAGGACGGACGAAAUGAGGGUAAUUCUUAUUUUGAAGAUUCGAAUGCAGAUGAGCAGAAUUUUCGUGGUGAGAGAACAUGCAAAGGUUUGCGUUAUCAAAAAUUUCUCGCUGAGCAACAGAGAAAUUUUAAUUCCUCAACUCAACCGAAUAAACGUAGGAAAAUAUCGGGAACACGAAGUAUUCCAGAAAGAACUGAGGGGAGAAGAAAUUCAAUUUCAUCGAAUGUUAGUGAAAAAACCGAUUCUCUCAGCAGUGAAGGUAACAGUUCACGUGGAGAUUUAGAACAUCUUGUUGAAAGUGCCGAGGGAAAUAUCGAGGCUUCAAAACCAGAAGAUACAGAAACUGAAGGAGCCGGCGGAGAAAUGGAUUUUGGUCCUUGGAGUCACAAGCGAUUCAGGGCUGAGGAUUUUAAUUUAGAGAAAAAAAUUGAAGCACUCCCCUCAUUGAGUUUAGAGGAAUUCCAGGAAAAGAAAAAACAGCAACGCACCAAAAAGAAGAAAAUUUUACUUAAAGGAAACUCGACUUCAACGAAUAAGAAAAAUUACGACAAUCUUCUAUCGGAUAACGAUAGUAUACAAAAUAAUCAAAAAAAUUUAAGGCCUUCUGAUGAAAUGAAAGAGGAGGAGAAAAAUCUUGUUGGAAGUCAAAAGCGAAAGGCACGAAAGGAAAAUAUAACACGAAACGCUGCUCUGACCACUUUAUCUAAACAAAACAAUGACCAAGAUCCAAGUAAAUCUUGGUGCGCUUCACCAGAUCUUGAGGCUCUGGCGUGCCUUGCAACUGUUGCAGCAAAUCGUACAAAACUCACAAAAUCGUAAGUAAAAUGACUGAAGUUCGAUAAAAAUUACUUUCUUGUAAAAUCGAAGAAUUUAUAGACGGAUUUUUUUUUUGAAAAAAGAAAAGGAAAUGGCGAUGAUAAUAUUAUUGUACGAUAGAUACAAACGGUGCUGCUACUUUUUUAUAAUCAUGUUGUCAUCUUUGUCGCUAUCACCAUAUAUAUAUAUAUAUUAUAUAUAUCGUUGUACCACUGUGGAAAUCGCUAUUGUUAUAUUGAAAAACAAAAAAAUAUUUAUCGUACACGCAAAAUUAAAGAAAAAGCGAAAUAAUAUCAACAUACAUAAGACUUCCGUAGUUUAAGAAAAGGAAACGGUAUUUUAUUUUAGUGAAUCGUGUCCAAAAAGCAAAAUAUUGCCGAUUUUGUAAAAUUCCUUUUUUUAAAAAACAAAAGAAAAAGAAAGAAAGAAAAUCCUUAAUCAUUCUAAAAUUGAUAUUAGUGUACAUGAGAAAAAAUUUGCUACUUAUCUAAAUUAGAAAUUUUUAAAUUCUUGUUAAAUUUAACAAAAAUUGUAAAUAUUAAAAUUUUUUUCUAUUAAGAUUUUGUGUUGCGUAAUUCUAAGAUUAUUAUUAUGUAUUAUUAUUUUUGCUUAAUUCGGUUUUUUUUAAACAAAAUAACGGAACUAAAGUAUUCCUUUUUUUUUUGAAAAUCGUGUAAAAAUCAUGUACAUAAGUAUAAAUAUUUUUAAUCAGAUAAUGAAGAAAAAAAUGCACUCAAAACGUUGACGAAUAUCAUGAAGUGAUUUUAUUUAUUGAUGAAGAAUAUAAAAAAGAAACAAACUAACUUUGAUGUUUAUGUAUUUCUUCAAGCAUUUUUUAAUCGAAAAAAAAUAAAAAUGAAGAAAGGAUGACUGUAAAGAAAAAACAACAAUGGCCAUAAUUAUUGACGUGUAUUGUCGUUAAUUUUAAAUAUUAAAAAAAUCGAAAAACUUUUUAAAAAAGAAUUUUAAAUAUUUUACGAAAGUUGUUGUAAAUAGCGAUUGUGCAGUAUUACAAAAAAAAACAAAUCCCUUUACGUUGCAAUUAAUAAUAAAAAAAACGGUAGAAUCAAAAUGUAAAUUUUUAAUUUUUAAGCAGUUAAUUAUAAAUACAAUAUAUACGUGGAUCGUAUACGUACAGAAAGUUUUGUAAUUUUUCAAAAUAGAAAAAGAAAGAGAGAGAUAGAAAAAGAAAAGAAUGAAAAGUAUCUCUAAAAAAGAUAUUAUAGAGAGAGAGAGAGAGAGAGAGAGAGAGAGAGAGAGAGAGAGAGAGAGAAAAAAGGGGAAUGGAAAUGGCUUCUGUAUGAAAUCCAUGAAAGAACAAAAGCAACUUCCACUUGACAGAAAUAGUUUAAAUUUUUGGAUACUUCCCAAACUGAUGCAAAAUUCCUCUAAUUAAAAAAAAUGAUGCUAGAUUUGUGGAAAAUUUUUUUUCAUUGCUUUUUAUAAGUUAAUAAAAUUGUAGAAAUAAUUAAA